GAGAAGAAAAAAAUCAUAGCCCCGAAUAAAAUCGAUAGAUAAAUUGCAAAGAAGUAAAAAAGAAAGAAAAAAAUAGAGGGGCUUACACAGAAUAUAAAGAUCAACUUGCAAAUGGCGUAUACUAAAUAUAAAUAUUAUUAUAUUUAGAUCGUGUACCGCGUUUUCCGGCGUUUUUUUAACCGUUUUUGCUUAAACACACCGGUUUAUAACAAAAAAAAAGAGUUAAAAUAAAAGUUGCAGAAACUUAAUUUAGUGAAAGUGUCGUUUUUGUGUUAAUUUUAACCCACGAAAGCGAAGGAAUAAAGCAAAAAUAAUAAAACUAAAAGGGAAUUUUAGGAUAGAAGAGAAUCACCCCCUACAUUCGAGUCGGUUAAAUCGUUCCGUUUCGAACUAAACCACGACAUACGUUACACAAUCUUAGGGAUAACAAAUUUUUCGUAAUAAUGGUAACCACACCGCCGCAACAAUUUUGCGUCCGAUGGAACAGCUAUCAAACAAAUCUACAAAAUGCCUUCCCAAAGUUAUUAGUAUCGGAGCAUUUCGUCGAUGUUACGUUAGCUUGUGAAAAUGAUAUGCUCAAGUGCCACAAAGUUGUAUUAUCAGCUUGUUCGACAUACUUUGAAAAGCUUUUACUGGAUAAUCCGUGUCAACACCCAAUAAUUUUCAUGAAAGAUAUGAAAUUCCACGAAAUGCAAUCAUUGGUCGAUUUUAUGUAUAAAGGCGAAGUGAACGUGACCCAAGAUGAUUUACCUUCGUUAUUAAAAUCUGCGGAAGCCCUACAAAUUCGUGGAUUGUGCGGAUCCGAUCAAUUAAUUAAUUCGGCUAAUUUUCCGUGUUUAAAGUUACCAUCAACACCUACGACGCCAAAAUCUGAAAUAUUAAACGGAAAAGAUUCAGCCCCACAAAAAACGUCGACUCCAAUUCAAAUAAAAUCGGACACGCAACAACAGCAACAAUCGCAGCAACAAUUGGGGAAAAUAAAUGUUAAAAAAGAGUUGAUGGAACAACAACAACUUCAGCUACAACAACAACAAGAUAAUCAAGAAGGGAAUCCGUCGUCUUCGGAUUGCGAUUCCAACGAGUUGCCGGUUCAAAAGGACCACGAAUAUGUUAAAGAGGAAAUCGAUCCUUUCUACGAGGGCGAAACGGAGAUUAUGGAUACGUUUUUAGAGGAGGAAAGCGGCAGUAUUAAUGCAACGGGUGUUGAGGAUGCGGAUAAAACGGAAUUUGCGAUAGCUAACGUUUCUUGCCAAUACGAUGGAACUCCAGGUUCAGCAAGUAGACGUGUAAGACGAUCGGAUGAAGAACUACGAAGGGCGGCUGAGUGUAUAACGCGCGGACAAACUUUCCAAACGGUCAGCGAUCAAUUCAACAUCCCAAUAUCGACGAUUCGAUUUUACAUGGCUCGGAAAGGCAUUUUGCCGCGCCGCAAACGGGGCAGAUCUUGCGCGGGUCCAACGAUCGGCGGAAGCGGAAGUGGACCCCCGAUCGCGAUCGCCCCCAAUUACGGAAACUCCGGUAAUACCAGCCCGAUCGGACCCCCAUUUCACAUAGUACACUAUAAGUUACCUCCUUUGGGCGUAAGCCCAAAACUCAAGUAACUUAAGAAUCACAAGAAAAAGGAACUUUUUUUUUAUUUUUUUUUUAAGUUUUAAAGCAGACUGAUUUUUUGAUUAUUCUUUUUUAUUUCGAUUUAUUUUGAUUUGUAGAAAAAAAAACGAUUUUUUUCUUUUUAAUAAUUUUAAAGAAUCGAUAGGUUUUAAGUGGAAUAGAUCUCAAAUAAGCGAUUUUUUUGAAUGCUUUUUAAAAAUAUUGAAUUAACAAGACGUAAAACACCACGAGAUAUAGAAAUUCGGUGCCAGAAAACGAACAAUCUCUAAGACAAAAAAAAUUAAUAAAUAAAUUAAUCCAAGAAAAUUAUGCGGAUUAUAUUCUAUAUACAAUUAAAAAAAUAAGUCAGUAACCAGUGAAUAAAAUAAAAUAACAUAAAGAAAGGGUCUUGUAGCAAUUAAGGUCGGAUGUUGCGUUUAGAAUUUAGAUGAUAAUGAAAGAAACUUUUGAGGAUGAAAAAAUAAAAAUAAAAUAAAAACAUUUUUGUGUAUAUCAGUAUCAUUAGAAAGUAAAAAAGAAAAAAAACUUAGGUUAAUUUCGAAAGAAAAAAGUAUGAAUUAGAAUUUUUUUCUUUUUUAAGUUUAGCGAUUUAGAUAUUGAGGCGAUUUAGGUUUUUAAUUAAAUGUGUUCAUUGUGUGCUCCCUCGCCACCCAUUUUUUUAAAAAUAUACUUACAAAAAGGCAAAAAAAAUCAAUCUAACCUAAUCAUAAUCAUUAUUUAAGUGCGAAUGAUCAUCACACGUACAUCAUCACGAUUAUUUAUUACCCCACACAUCAAAAUGUUUUUUUCAUUGCAAUAUCAUUGGAAUCGAGAGUAGAUAAUAAGCGAAUUAGGUUGUUUUUCUUUUAAUUAUUAAUUAGUAUUAUUUUUUUGUAUUAAAAGAAACUUUUUCGUUGUAAACCAGCAAAACUCACACCACAACAGCAACAAUAAUGUAAAGAAAAUGAUAUAAAAUGAAUUAAAAAAGAAAGAAAUAAGUAAGAAAAAAAUUAAUGUAAAGUGCCAUUCUACUAUAUUUUUCUAGUACAUAGAAAAAAAAUAAUAAUACAGACCGCUUAAACGUGACUUGUACGUAGAUAUUGUAUACAGUAUUCUGUCGUAUAAAUAUAUACAAUUAUAUAGAAA